CUGGUUCAAGUCGAGAGAGAGGAUAAAAGCUUUUGCACUCAGGCCAAGCAUGAAAUCACGACAAUAAGCAGCUCCUUGAGCAAAAAAUGUAGAAAGUACGACGAAAGGUUGAAAAAAAUAUUGAGAGAGGGUAACAGGUCCUGAUUUACACGCUUAGCCCUUUUUCAAUCUCCACCUUAAAUUCUCUUCUUUUUGCAAUGACACUGAGAAAAAGGAAUGAGUUGGUUGGCGACACCUUCUUCGUACGUCUUUCGGGAGCCAAGUCAAGAACUGAAACUGGAGAGAUUUCUAUACCCUGAAUCUUGGCAUUAAGAAAAUGCACACUUCCAAUUUAAAUCUGCCCAAGUGUAUGUAGGAUGGAUUUAAAGCAAGAAGUUUCUUAGACUGAAAAUGGUUCUGCUCCUGCCACGCUAUGGAUUGUGUACUGUUUGACUUCGUUUCCUAACCCGAAUCACUUUAGAAGAUUAGCUCUCUUCCCUGUCUGCCUGUUACAAAAGCUGUUAGCACUCUGACGUAUAAUGCAAGAAUAAUUUUAGACCUUCUCACAAAAAAAAAUCAUAAUUUUGUGGUCGUCGCCAAUUUUCAUUUUCUUGAUUUUCAAAGAUUAUGAAAGAUUGCUUACUGUUUUUAAAAAAAAUUACAAGAUGGUGCGAAUAUUUCAGGGCUGGCUGGAAUCUGACAUUCCGCCUGCGACAUCGGUUAGGGAUUCGCUCUACUUGUUUGCAGACUGGGUAAAAUUUGGUGGUCCUCCAGUUCGGCAGCAAAUGUUAGAACAAGGAGCUUAUGAAGCGGUCACAAAAGCCUGGUCAUUAAUCUGCUAUUCUGGGAUUGAUGGCACCGUAACACUUUUCUCCCCUGAUGCCAAUGGUGUGCGUGAGGCGAGCUUGGCAGCGUUGUACAGUUUGACCGCAGGAUUUCCAGAAAUCAUAGAUCAAGUUGGGUGGAUUAUGAUUCAGCAGUCAGUGGACACCAGAAUGCCAGACACGACUCUCACUUUCGCUAUGAAAUUAAUUCGUAACAUAUGCAUCAAGUCGGAGAGCAACCGAGAGUACAUUUCUUGGGAAUUGGAGCUGAUGGAACCUCUCGUCCUCCUGAUCAGAAGAGACAAACCGUCACCAGAGUUUGUGAGAGAGAUGCUUAUCAAGAACACAAUGUCCCUUCUCCGUUAUUUGAAUGUCUCUCAAACGGUUCGACUAAAAUGCAAUGCUUUUGGUCUUGUAAAGUGGGUCUUGCAAAUCAUGAUGCAAUAUAAGGCAUCCGAGGGUAUUCUGGAAGUUGGAUGCUCAUGUCUUGCUUUCAUGACGUUGCGGAAUGCAUGUCACACUGCUCAACUCAUCAUGGCUGAUGGAGUUUCAGUCCUAUUGGAAAUUAUGGAUUCGAACAUGGAAACAAUUCAAAUUAUGAAAGGUGGUUGUCUAACCUUGAGAAAUGUGGCUGCAAAUGGAGGCAAUACUGCUCGAUCCAGCAUUUUGGACAAGGGUGGAGAAGAACUUGUUCGAACAAUUUGGGAGAAAUUUCCAGAUUUGAGGGAGAAUUAUGUGAAGCCUGUUCUCAGGGAUUUGGGUGUUUUGAAGGAAGACGAAAUUUUCAGCCAAAAUGUAAAGACACAACAACAGCAGCAGCCAACGCUUCCUCUUGAAACGGAAGUGGAUGCAGCUGGACAGCACACAGAAAAGGAAAACUGAUUGGUUCUGCGACGGCGAGCUAAUUAAAUUAUGAAACAGUUUAUUGUAUAAAACAAUGGUGGUAACAUGCGAAAUAAAUUGUAUUAAUU